AUGGCGCCGGGGAAGAGCAAGAAGUCGAAGAAGGCCUCCGCCGUGCCCCUGCAGCCUCCGCCGCCGCCGGUCUCAGGCUCGUCGCUGGACUUCUCCUAUGCCAUCCCAGAGGCCGAGCCGGCGCCAGACCACCACGGCUACAGCAUAUUCAACGAAGCCCUGGAUGCGCCGUACGAGGAGGACAAGGAGUUUGCUGCCGCGUCUUCCUCUGCCGCUGCCCGGCGACGAGCGGCCAGCAGAGCCAGCGAGCCCGCCGUCGCGCUCCCGGCCGCCGCUGCGCCCAUACCUACUACUUCUUCUAUACCCGCUACCUCGAUACCAUCGUCUAUACCCGCGCCAGCACCUAUAUCUACGUCUGCAGCUCCCAUAGAGCCGGCAGCAGCAGUCUUCUCCUACCUCGAUCACCCGCUGGACGAGCAGAUGCAGAUGAAGCCGCCGUCGUCGCAUUCCAGAAAGGCCUCCGAACCCGUCCUGCCCAGGGCCCCGCGGCCAAAGGACCAUACCCGCAAGGCCAGUCUCUCCCAACUGCUCAGGACGGUCUCGGGAGGAUCUUCCUCUACGGCCAAGGAUAAAGAAAAGGACAAAGAAAGAGACCUCAGCCCGAGCCGGUCGUCGUCGGCGUCAAAGGAGUCUGAAUACCAGCCCAUCACUCCUCCAGACAUGCUGUUCGACCAUAUCAACCUCAACAUCCCGGGGACCAAGGGCAUGUCAAAGUCCCACAUGGCCGGCUCCUACAUGACGGACUCAGAAAGCCUGCUCGAGGGGCCUACUUCCGCUGCCCCGGCCUUCAUGAGCUUCUCCCAUCCGGAAUCCUUCUACAUGCCGAAGAGCAUGCUCUCAUACUCCAUGGCUCCUCCGCCUCCCACCAAGCAGCAGCAGCAACUGCAGCAUUCUGAUAGAGCACCGGCAACUGAAGCCUCCAGACGACGCUCCCAGGCCUCACUUCCCGAACAGUUUGAAUGGACUGCUACACCCGAGACACCCCACCAUGUAUACCGCAAGUUCGAGCGGCUGAACCACCGUGUGCUGCGGCACUUGCAGGAGGAGAUAGCCCAGUUGGAAGACGAUCUGCUCACCAUUGAUGAUAUUGAGGCUGCCCGGGCUGGUGCUUCGGGCUCUCGUGCUUCUUCACGCCAGAAACAGCUCGCUGCAAAGUACCGCGAUCAGAUACAGGAUCACUCUGUCCUCCAGAAUAAACGGACAGACCUUCUCGACAAGAUCAUUCUCAAGACCGACCAAUACAUGAUCAAGAAUCUACCAGCUGCUUCUGACGAUGAUAUCGAUGCAUACAGGACCUUCCUACGCUCUCCUGCAGGCGCAUCUACUAAGAGCGAGAGGAAACUCCUAGACCAGCGAUCCGACCUAGUUACCAUGGCUCCUCGCCCUGCCAGCGCCCUGCAUUCGAAUCCCCUCUACUCCACCGUGGCUGCUAUAUUCGCUGCCAUCCUCUUCCCCUUGCUCGCCUUCGGGGCCAUCACCGAAUUCUUCGGACGUAUUGUCGUCGUCUCCUUUGUUGCGGGUUCGUUUGCCUGGUGGGCGUCAAACGGACCUCCAGGCCAUGACUAUCUCAUUGAGCCACAGGAUGGCUGGAAGUGUGCUGUCAUGUAA